GCAGAGUCUCCUGAGCAGUGCAUGGCUGAGUUGUGGAGCUUCAGAGCCAUUUAAAGCUGACAGUAAGCCAGCAUGGGUCGGCGCUCAUCUGAUAGUGAGGAUGACAGCCGGAGCAGGAGGAAGAGAAAACAGCGUCGUCGUUCAUCCUCCUCCUCCUCUUCUUCCUCCUCAUCAUCCGGCAGCAGAGUAGCCAGCAGCCGGAGUCGGAGGUCCAGUCGCCGGAGCCAUUCUCGCUCCAGAGACAGGAGGAGAAGAAGACGUUCCAGCAGCAGUUCGUCACACAGUUCGCCUCGCAGGAGGAGGAGUCGCAGCACAGAGAGAGACAAAGGGAGGAGCCACCGCUCACAUAGGUCACGCAGCCGAGACAGGAGGUCUCAUUCGCGUCACCGGCGGUCUUGCAGUAGGAGCAACAGCCGCAGCCGGCGAGGGACCCAAAGCCGCAAAAGGAGCAGCAGUCGCAGUCGCCGGCGGAGCCCCAGCCACAGCAGAGAGCGGGACCGGAGCCGCCGCAAGGGCCGUGACCGGGAGAGGGAGAAGGAGAGGGACAGAGGAAGAGACAGAGACAAGGACAAGAGUAAAGACAGGCCAGACAAAAAUGGGGACGCCGCGAACAUCAAAGGCAGAUUAGAACAUCUGACUCCAGCGGAGCAGGCUAAGGUUCGAAUGCAGAUGGUCCUGCAGGCUGCAGCCAAGACGGACGAGGUGCUGAAGGCCAAAGUAGCCAAGAGAGAAGAGGAGGCCCGGAAGAAACUAGAGGAAGAGGGAACUUCUCUGGAGGAGCAAGUGCGAAGGAUAAAGGACAUCGAGGCCAUCGAGAGUGAUUCCUUUGUUCCUCAGGCUUUCAAAUCAUCCAGGGAUGAUAUAAAGACUGAGCCAGCUGAGGUGAAGCAGGGGUCAGGGAGCACGUAUUCUCAGGACGUCACUUUUCCAGUUUCCAUAGUGUACAAUGACAGUGACACACUCGCCCAUCCAAGUUUGUUCAUGGACAAGGACAAGGCAGAAGAGCUGUGGCACAAGAGAUUGAUCUCGUUGCGACAGGAGAGGCUCAUGGGAAGCCCUGUGACCUGAUGGACAUCAGAAGAUCCUCAGUUUAAGCUGCUUUUACUGUGUUUCAGUCUGUCUCGUUUUAGGAUAUCACAAUGUUUGUUACUUAUCCUUCCCCUAAUUUCUCCUUCCUAUCGCAAAAAAAUUGUGGAAAGUCAAGCAAAUAACAGUUUUUGGUCCUGAUGUGCUUAUUUUACUAAUGUUAAUGUAAUUCAAUUAAAAGAUAUGCUGUUUUUAAUUUGGCUUCAUUCAUUUUUAAUUAAGGAAGGAUUUUUCAGUCAGAUAAGAUGAUGACCAUAUAGAUGUAGCGUUUGAUAUAUUUUGUUUUUGUUAUCAACUCGGUAAAUAAAGAUAGAUGUGAUUUGUUUUUGAGUGAAAA